UAUCCAUCAGCAAUCAGAGACUCAAAAUGGGAAGAAUGGGUAGGAGAUUUUCCAAGUUGAGGAGAAUGGUAAGACAACAAAGGGGGAAGCUUUACAUCAUGAGGGUGUGUAUCACUAUGCUUCUAAAUUGGCACAAGUACUCUUAGCAGAAACACUUAUUUUGUUGUACCUUUUUGAGUUUGAGGUAUCAUCAUGUAGCUUAUUGGCUUUGACCAUUGCACAUCAGCAUUUAAUGAACUUGUGUUGUGUUUGGUGUAAUUCCUUUCUUUUGCACUGUCUUAUGUUACUAAUUAGACAGGAUCACAGGAAUGUUAACAAUAAUCAGAAAUUACUUUCCUUUGUAUAGCUUUUACAUGUAUGAUUAGAAUCUGACACUUCUAGAAAUUAUCAAUCACUGAUUUGGUCACAUACUUAGUAAAUACAACAGUAUGAUUUUCAAUUUUCACUAGUACAUGUUAAGCUGAUAAUUUCCACUGACUUAUGUUAAGAUUGCUCUCCAUCACAUGGUCAAAAGUCCUAGCUGGACUAUGUGGUUGGUAGCUAUAUGAUAAAAG